AUGAGUCUUCCUACACCAAUCCACGCACCUCAUCAUACAUCCAUUCAUACCAUGUCUCUGCCUAAAGUGCCAUCAUUUGGCCAAUUGGAGAAGCUGCAGCAACACACACCAGUUACUCCUUUACCGAAAAGACUGCCCUACACAAAACCAUCCAUCUUUGAAGUCGUGCAGCGUAUACUCAAAGACCUGGACGGCCGUGAUAAAUCAAUGAAGAUUAUUCAAUACAUCAUCAAGAUCCUGCUAUACCAUCACUCCAAUACCCAUCAAAGCGCACAUUUAAAACAAUUGACAGGUUUAGCAUCUCAAUUUUCCAUCACCAGUCAAGUGCUCUGUUUAGGUAAUGCAAGUGGAGAUGUCAGGCAACUGUUUGCCACCAAAAGAGACCUGCCUAAGCAGUUACUGAUUAUAAACAGCAUUGCCAACGCAGUAUCUGACGAUAUCUAUUGCUUACAUCGCAUUGGAGUCUUGCCACACAAGGCGUGGGGCCAUUAUUCUGAAAUCAUUUCUGCGCAUUGUUGGUUUCUGAGCAUCACUGUUGGACUGAACAAGAACUUUGAGAGUAUGUGCAAAGCAGAGGUAUAUGGUACACAACAAGAACUGAGGCUAGCGCAGAUUACAUUGUGCAAGUCAGUGGCCGAUUUAUUAUUUUGUGGUUGUGAUGUAUUUCAUCUUCCCUUUAGUAAAGGGAUUCAGGCAUGGUCAGGGUUUAUCAGUGGUCUACUUGCUGGAUAUAAAGUGUAUAAUAGGGUACAGCAAUAA